CCUUGACAAGUGCUUCGGGAAACACUUGAAACUUGGAUCAAUUUUCUCAUAAGGCAACAAGUUAACUUGCUCUCUUGAAAGUUGGUGGGAAGAGCUAUCAUAAGCAAAAAUUGAGCCCGAAUCGUCAUUUGCCAUUUUAAGGCUAGGACUGUAGUCCUGAAGCAUAUCAGCCACGUCCUUGAAUUGCCUAAGAUAAAGCAAAGAUCUUGCUUUGAGUUCUGGGUGGAUCUUUUAUCCAGAUAAGAAAACCACGAGGGUUGUUGGAGAGCAUUGGAGGUUGUGGCGGUGGUUAUGGUUGUUUGGGUCUAGGUUCUUUUGAUUGGGUUGGUGCGUGUUGGGUCGAUGGGGGGCUGAGCUAACCGUUGGUCAGGGGAAUCUAAUGGGUUGAUGGUUUGAAACAAAGAUGCAGAUGGGUUUUGGGUGACUGGGUGAGAUGGGUUUUCGGGUCUGUGUGAGGAAGACAUAGGGCUGGCUAUGUGAUGGUUUGAUGGUGGGGUUGGUUCACUAUGGGCGUGUUGGUAGUGGAAGAUGUGAGAGGCUACUGGGUUUGUGAGGGAAAUGGCUGAUUCGUGGAGGUAAAUAGGUGAGGGCCAGUCUUGGUGAGGGGGUUAGUUAAUGACAGUGUUGGUUUUGGUUCCAGUGGAGGUUCUGUCAAGAGAGGGACACAAUGGAAGGGGGAGAUGGCAGUGAAGAGAGACGCCGUGUGUGGUGGUCGAUUUCAGCUUUAGUGAAAAUGGAUAUUGACUCUAAGCUCGAUAACUUUGAUGUUAAGUCUGGGGAUGAGGGCUCAUCAUCAAUGCAAGUGGAUUCGAAGGGAACUGCUGAAGAAAAGGAUGAAUUAACUGACUCAAUGAAUAAAUUGAAUGUGGAAGCAUCGUCAUCUGGGCAGGCGGGAAAUUCAUUCAGAAGAAAACCAGUUAUCAUCAUCGUUGUUGGAAUGGCAGGGAGUGGAAAAACAACUUUUCUUCACAGGUUGGUUUGCCACACACAAGCUUCAAGGAUUCGUGGUUAUGUGCUCAACCUUGAUCCUGCUGUGAUGACUCUCCCCUAUGGUGCAAAUAUUGAUAUAAGGGACACCGUUAAGUACAAGGAAGUGAUGAAGCAGUUUAAUCUUGGACCAAAUGGCGGAAUCCUGACAUCUCUUAACUUGUUUGCAACAAAAUUUGACGAGGUCAUUCAAGUCAUUGAGAACCGAGCAGAUCAGCUUGAUUAUGUUCUUGUGGAUACGCCUGGUCAAAUUGAAAUAUUCACUUGGUCUGCUUCUGGAGCUAUCAUCACAGAAGCUUUUGCUUCAACCUUUCCAACUGUGGUUGCUUAUGUAGUUGACACGCCUCGUUCCUCAAGCCCAGUAACUUUCAUGAGCAAUAUGCUUUAUGCUUGCAGCAUACUCUACAAGACACGGUUGCCUCUUGUGUUGGCGUUCAACAAAACUGAUGUGGCUCAACACCAAUUUGCUUUAGAGUGGAUGGAAGAUUUUGAAGCCUUCCAAGCAGCAAUGAGGUCAGAUGAUUCAUACAUGUCUACCUUUUCUCAAAGCCUUUCCCUUGUGCUCGAUGAAUUCUACAAAAAAUUGAGAUCAGUUGGGGUCUCUGCUGUUUCUGGAGCUGGAAUGGAUGCCUUCUUUAAGGCUAUCGAAGCCAGUGCUGAGGAGUAUAUGGAAACCUACAAGUCUGAUCUUGAUAAGAGACGGGCAGAGAAGCAACAAAUGGAGGAAGAGCAGCGAAAACACAACAUGGAAAAGCUGAGGAGGGGCAUGGAACAAUCAGGGGGGCAGUCUGUUGUUUUGAGCACUGGUUUGAAGGAUAAAGGUCAGAAUGAUAACAUGGUUGAUGAGGAUGAGGACAUUGAAGAUGAUGAUUUUGAGACUUUUACUGACAAGGAAGAUGUUAUUGACGAGGAUGAAGAUGAAGAGGUGGGCAGUUUCUCCUUCUAGUGCUAAGGUUUUGCUAGCACAAGUUGGUUUAUGGGUAGGACUUUUUACAGGACUUCUAGGAAUUGGAUGCUAACUGCCAAGUACUCGUUUGAGAACCACCAAUUUGGUUGUGACUGUGGCUUAUAAGUGUUUGGUAAUGGUUUAAAAGCUGAUAUCACAACCCCUUUCAUGUGUUAUUUUCAGAAGCUACAAUUUGUAGCUUUUCAAAAGCCACAUCCACUGUUAUUUUCGGAAGCUGCAAUUUGUAGCUUAUCAAAAGCCACAUCCACUGCCCCGGCUUUCCCAAAUGGACUUAUGUUAGAUGACAUCUCGUGUGUUUUCCACGGGUAUUCUUCCCUAAAGUUGACUUCACGUAUGCGCAUGUGUUUCGAAUCAGCCAUCUGCAUCGUUGACUGCAAACUUGUUUUGACAGGUUUAAGAAAUGGUGAACGGUUUUGUCCAACCCCACCACCAUCGUUUUUCUCAGUCCUGUGCUCUCAUUGAUCCUUGUACGCAGGAGAUGGGCUGUUGCCAUACGGCCGAUUUUGUAAUUCUGUAGCAUUUGAACUCGUUAUGCCUUCCAUAUAAUGUCAAAUGCAUGGAUGGUUAACAUGUACAGAUCUCUUCCUUGGAUUUAUAGGAACGUACAUGGACUGCCCACCAAGUUAUUUGUUUGAUAUCCUAGCUGGCUUAAGUUGUGUACUCA